CUCAUUCAGAGUCUUCAUGGACAGUACGACUGGAACUGCAGCCAAGGACUUCUUUACCAUAACAACCUACUACACGAAAUCUUUCAUUAACAAGUAAUUUUUGACAAGUCAAGGAUCAGUUUAUUGAAAGAACCUAAACGUAAGAGCCUGGAUUCUAAAAUAGUUGGAAAAGAUCUAGAAGAGGUUGAGGAAUUAGGGAUACUGUGGGAUAACUGUAGAAGAACAAUUUCUUUUCUUGCAAACCAUUCUCCAAAUUCAUGCAUUUUCUGAUUAUUCUGGAGCUAUCUCGUGUGGCGAAGCAAGGAGAGCUGUGCUGAGUGGAUUAAGCGUGAUUAAAUAAGGAUGAGUGAGAGGCCUACCAAGUGCAGUGGUGAGGUAUGAAGUGGCAAACCAGCUGAGGAAACCAGAAACCUGCUGCUUUCAAUGUAAACCCAGCACCAUGCCAACCCUGCUGCCAACCUGGCACAAGAGGACCUGGACCACAGCAGGAUACACAUUCAUGCUUGCAUUCUUCUUUGUUAUCCUCAACCAUAAGGCAAAAGGCUCAGUGCUUGAAAGUCUUAUAGCAAAACGGACCGAAUACUGGGAGAACUGCAACAGAACUCUGGCAACAGGCGCACUCUCAGAAACUGAAAUCUACUGUAAAGGAACGUUUGACAUGUUUGUGUGUUGGCCCCAUUCAUCUCCUGGGAAUGUGACGGUCCCCUGUCCUUCUUACUUACCAUGGAUCGGCAAAGACACCUCCAGGAGGGCACACCAAGAAUGCUUAGAAAAUGGGAGAUGGCGACAGAGGGAGAAUUCCUCUGAGCCCUGGAGGGAUGACUCAGAAUGUAAGGAGGACCAUUAUUUCAAAGAUAAGGAGGAUGAAAUGCUUCGCCAGACAGCCCUCAGACUCAUCUCUGUCAUUGGCUAUUCCCUGUCCUUGUCAUCUCUCGCAAUGGCUACUCUCCUGAUGGGCAUGUUGAGGAAGCUUCACUGUACCAGGAACUACAUUCACAUGAAUCUGUUUGUGUCAUUCAUCCUGAGAGCCAUGGCUAUCAUCGCUAAGGAAAUCAUAUUAUACAUCAUGUAUUCCAAACUACCCAAGGACGACCCUGGCUGGAACUCCUACUCAAGCUCUGCGAUAGCAUUGAUGUGUAAAUUCUCCAAAGUGUGCAUGGAAUACUUUGUGGCCUGUAACUACUUCUGGCUCUUGGUGGAGGCCAUUUUCCUCCACACGUUGCUCUUCACAGCUGUGCUGACUAAGGGAUGUCUGCUGAAGAAAUACAUGCUGCUAGGAUGGGGAACACCUAUUUUGUUUGUAACACCAUGGACAGUGGUAAAGAUUUUAUAUGAAAACACAGAGUGCUGGUCAAUUGUAAACAAAUGGUUGUGGUGGAUAAUAAGGGGCCCGAUUACUUUAGCUGUGCUGAUCAUUUUCUUCAUAUUCAUCAAGAUUCUGAUGCUGCUGCUGUCCAAGCUGAAAGCAGAUCAAGUGAAAUUUACAGACUACAGAUACAGCUUGGCCAGAGCAACACUGGUACUCAUUCCUCUGCUGGGAAUCCAUGAAGUGGUCUUCACUGUGCUGAUAGAUGAAUGUGUGGAGGGCAGCAGUCGCUACGCCAGGAACUUCAUUAACCUUACCCUCAGCUCAUUUCAGGGAUUCUUGGUUGCUGUGCUGUACUGUUUUGCUAAUGGUGAGGUUCAAGCUGAACUGAAGAAGCGCUGGCAGCUUUUCCUGUUCACCAACCACUUCCAGGUCAGGAGCUGUUUUCGGGGUGUGCCCCUCAAGCGCAUGUGGAAGUGCACUCGAGGACACCGCCCACAGCGCUCUCCACAGAGUGACUCCUACGAUGAGGGUGGCACCUCCACAACACAUCCGCACUUGCUUCAGGUGGCUGUUCAUGGACAACACGUGGGGCUUGGACUAGGAGAGGUUAAAGGUCAGGGGUUGAAGGGCUGUGACACAACAGGGCUUGACUUUCUCACCAGGAAGAGCCUGUCCAGUAGUGAUGGAGAUAUGACUCUCGGGGAAACCAUGGAGGAGAUUCUGGAGGAAAGCGAGUUCUGAUCUCCUGUAGCUUGUUGGUACUGUUAUCAACUAACAUGGAAAGUGUUACUGACAAACAUUGGGGUAUACUUAAAUAGUAAUUAAGACAAAAAAAAAUUCGGAGAUGGAUUACCAGCAAAGGUGGCAACUGCCCCAAAAGCCCCAGGUUUGUGUUAGUUGGUUUGUGGAAAUUUGAUUAAAGCUAUAGUGCAUAAAUUCUGUCGCCCCCAUAAGGAAUUCUAAGUAAUGACAAAAACACUGUCGGAGCAUCCACAUGACGAAAGCCUUAGGUGAUCGCACACCACCCCCAAUCCUCCUCCAUGCAGUUAUUAGUAGCGUUUAUCCCGUCAAAUCAAGGACACGGAGGAUUAAAAAAACAUGAUGAACUCUUCAGACGAUGUUAUUAUCUUGUAAUUUUGUGUCCUAUUUGUCUCCAAAGCUCAAAGCUGCUGUUGUCCUUUCUCAUCGGUGACGAAAAAUGCAUCACUCGAGCAUGCUGCAUUUUGUUAACAUAGCCAUACUUUUGUGGAGCUUAAUUAGCUUUGUAUCAUCUUAUUUGGCAAUGACUUGAAUGUAACGGACAUUCAUUAAUAUAGAAUAGUUGCUGCACUAAAGCUUUGAUAGCAAAUUUUUUAGGGAAUAUGAGGGCAUAUUAUUAGAUUAUAAGAACAAAGCUGCUCCUUGUAGUUUACACACAUACAACUUAAAGAACUAGUUUUAGCAAGCUGUCUCACAAUACAGUUUGACAGACAGACUUUGUAAGGGCAAUAAUGGUGCAAGAACAGAUUGCUCAAUACAAUACCAGGGUGGGGUUCUCUCAGGAGGAAGUGACCAGUGGGCCAGAUGCCUUAAGUUAAAAGCAUAGUAGUAAUACAACAGCUUUGGUAAACCCAAACCUCUAUAAAUUGGUCUUUGUAAUUUAUUAAAAUGUAGUCUGUUUUUUUUCCCCAUAGAAAUGUUUUCCCCAUAGAAAUGUCUUUGGUAUCCUGUCAUCAUCAUUCCCCUGUCAUAAAAUAUGGAGAGGAGGGGGGUUGGAUAAGGUAAUUCAGCUUGGGAGCACAAACCAAUUCAAUAAUGGAUCCAAAUUAACCUUAACUAGGUCUUUAACUGGGGAGUCAAUAAGAUACCUAGAUAUACGAUACCAUGCUUGGGCCAUUGAAAUGCACCUUCCUUCUUCUUCCUUAAUUUCUACUCGAUCGAGAUCAAUAAAUGCUUGUGUAUAAGUCAUCAAAGUCUCCCGAACCUUUAUGUAUCCAGAAGUCAAUCGGCUCCUGUGUUUCUCUAGAACACUGGCCACUGGGUCACUUGAAUAAAACAAAAUUUAUUUAAUGUAUUUUACAACAUGUAGUACAUGAAUUACAUUUGAACAGAAACCAGACUAUUGAGACGAAGGAAUAAAUGCAUUGUUACUGUACUGUACAAAGAAUCUGACUUUUUUUGGGGGGCAUUUCUACCUUUGUUAGAGAGGAAAGCUGAGAGAGAGGGGGAAGACAUGCAUGAAACCCUUCACAGGUCGGACUUAAACCCUGGACCUUCUGUGUCAAGGAAUAAACCUCUGCAUAAGCUCUACCAACUGAGCUAACCGGACACCGCUAUGAAUGUUUUAAUGUUUUUUUUUCUUCUUUUAAACGUCCAGGCCACUUAUCUGUAGCAGUUAUUUAUUAUGAGUGCUCUAUAGUUACAGCAUAAACAUACAAUGAAUUACAUACAAUUGUAAGCAUGUUUUUAUUCAAACGCACAGCACACCUUACAGUGAACCUCAUACAAAUGCAACAGCAGUGUAAAGCGUUUUUCACGUAUUUGUGUUUUAUUUAACAUGUAACAAGUUAGAAAUAUCCAUAUGGUACAUUUACAUUGAAAUGUGCAUUAAAUACAAUGUAUUUCUUGUCUGACUAUAAAUAAUGCAAAGGCUCUAUGUGCAGAAAGUUUUACAGUUUUCUAUUCUUAUGAGGCUUAAAAUGGAUCAAUGGUAUUGUUGUCCAGGUAAAACCAUGAAACCAUUUGUACAUGUGAGACUUCACAACAAUGUAUGUGCACAAAUUA